AUGUCCGCUGCAGAUGUGUUUGAUAAUGAAGAUGGGGAAGAGUAUGAGGGCUCAAGCUUCGGUGGCUUUGGCGACUAUUUCCGACGCAAGAAGUUGAAGUUACAGAACCUUGAUGCAGAAGUCCGCGCAUCAUCGCCCAAUAACCCGCCUAUAUUCCGUGGAGUAGUAGCACACGUUAACGGUUACACACAGCCAUCUCUAAACGAUCUUCACCGUUUGAUCGUGAGUCAUGGAGGAGGAUUUCUUCAAUAUUUGGACGGGAAAACCUCCGCUACCCAUAUAUUAGCAAGCGUCUUGACACCAAAGAAGCGAGAGGAAUUCAGAAAAUACCGCAUCGUGAAGCCCGGAUGGGUGGUCGAAAGUGUAAAAGCUGGACGCCUUUUACCGUGGGAUAAAUUUAGGGUUGUGGAUGAGGGGCAGUCGCAGAAAGUACUCACAUUUGGAGGCGAUGGCCGAGUACAAAGUCAGGCCAACAUUCAAUUUCGCAACUACCGGGAUCAUACAGAGACGAGUUGGUAUACUUCACAGAUAAAAUCUGGGUUUGCUGACAUCACUGAGAAGAUGGAAACUACUGGUGCCAUAUCUCCAUCAGGGACAAAAGAUACCGCUGCAAUUUCCCCUUCCUCCCGCGAUCCAAACUUGGCAGUCGAAAGUGACCUUGGAAAUGAUAUGUUCCCCACACAGAACGACGGUAUUCCUGAUGAGGCGAUCGCUGGUUCUGAUCCCCAGGGAGAACUAGGAAUCACCCCAUCGCAACGCAUGUCGCCAAUCUCGGAAGAAACCAAGCGUCAAGGGCCUGUUUAUGAUCUCCAGAAUCACGUUGAUACAAAAUCUUCAAUGACCCCUGAGGUGUACAAUGCGAAGUUGCUCUCUGAUCCUCAUUAUCAAAACUCAAGUGUGGUUAAUUCCAAAUUCAUACAGCAAUUCUACUGCGAAUCACGUCUUCACCAUCUCUCUACAUGGAAAGCUGAACUCAAAGCCCAGAUCCAGAGUGCCGCCCAAGACAAAGGUUCAACACGAAAACCUGCUAGACAACGUGUGCCCGGAGUACGAAGAUACAUUAUGCAUGUCGAUUUUGACAGCUUUUUUGCUGCAGUGUCUAUACGAAAACAUCCCGAGCUCGCUGACCAGCCCGUCGCCAUCGCACAUGGCACCGGUCCAGGGUCUGAAAUUGCAAGCUGUAAUUAUCCCGCCCGUUCUUUUGGUAUUAAAAAUGGGAUGUGGAUGAAAGGUGCCCUGCAGAUGUGCCCAAACUUGAAAGUACUUCCUUACGACUUUGCUGCAUAUGAAGAGGCUAGCAGAAACUUUUAUGAUGUUAUACUUUCAAUAGAUGGAAUUGUCCAGAGCGUUAGCAUCGACGAAGCUCUUGUGGAUAUCACAAACAUCUGCCUUGAUGCUGGCGGUUCGGACGGUAUUGGUAUUUCUGAGGGCUCAAUAUAUCGGGAACAGGCAAAGGCCGAUGAAAUAGCGCAGAAAUUGCGGGAUUCCGUUAAAGAGCAAACUGGCUGCAAUAUAUCUGUCGGCAUUGGUGGCAACGUGCUACAGGCCAGAGUUGCGCUAAGAAAAGCAAAACCAGCUGGCCAAUUUCAACUGAAACCUGAUGCAGUCCAAGAUUUCAUUGGCGAGCUUACUGUAAAAGAUCUUCCAGGUGUUGCUCACAGUUUGGGAGGGAAACUGGAAGAACUUGGUGUCGUUUUCGUCAAAGAUAUCCGUGAACUUAGCAAAGAAAAGUUGACAUCCAGCCUAGGACCCAAAACCGGUGCAAAACUAUGGAACUAUGCCAGAGGUAUAGAUAAUACGGAAGUGGGAAUACAAGUUCCUCGAAAGUCAGUAUCGGCUGAGAUUAGCUGGGGUAUUAGAUUUGUCAGCCAAACCCAGGCUGAAGAAUUCGUUCAAAGUUUAUGCGAUGAACUCCAUCGAAGACUCGUUGAAAAUCUCGUUAAGGGAAAACAGUUGACAAUGCGGAUCAUGAAAAGAUCUACUGAUGCACCACUAGAACCUGUGAAACAUCUUGGACAUGGCAAAUGCGAUACAUUCAACAAAAGCGUCGCUUUAGGGGUGGCCACUAAUGCCAGCGAUAUUAUUGGGCGGGAGGCCAUCUCAAUUUUACGGGGGUUCAAAUUCUCUCCCGGUGAUCUGCGGGGUUUAGGGGUUCAAAUGACAAAAUUGGAACCCGUUAAACAAAGUAACGUUAGGAAGGUUGAAAGCAGUCAGAGGCAGCUCAGUUUCAAACCAUCUAGUCCUUCUCCAAAAAUGGAGAUUCCAGUAGAUCCCGAUGAGAUCAGCACUCCUCGAAAAGGAGAUCCAUCCAGCAAAUAUUUGCCAGCAUCGUUUAAAGGCUCUCCGUUUUUAACUGAUUCUUCUCAAAAACCAUUGAACCUGACAGGGACGAAGUUUAUGCUGCCAACACAGGUGGACCCUAAGGUGGUAGCAGAGCUUCCGAUGGAUAUUCGAUCGAAAUUGGCUCCUAGACAGAAACAUAAUCAGUCUCCUCGUCCAGAAUCACCCUCUCGGGCGGCGGCACAGUUGCCACCUCAGUCGCAGCUUGAUCCCGAAAUGCUUGCUGAAUUACCUGAGGAUGUUCGAGCGGAAGUAUUGGGUUAUUACAAGCGACCACUGAGUCCUCGGCCGGAGUCUCCACAGUUUGGCACGCCAAGGCGUAAUCGGACUGCAGCUUCAAGAGCCAGCAAGAGGGUUCCCACCCCAACAAAGACCAGAACAGGACGAGCGCGUGGGCGACCAUCUAACAAACUUACUGGGAAUACCACACUCCUACAGUCGAGUUUCAUUAAAUCACACCCUUCAACCACACCAGCUUUUGUCCAGGAAUCUCUAUAUGCGCCCAGUUUUCCUCAGGCUGAACUUGGUGGAAUUUCUGCUGAUUUCCUUGCUGCAUUGCCUGAAGAUAUACGGCGGGAAGUACUCAAGGAGCACAAACGCUCUCGUCUCCAAAAGCGAGCGGGACUUAACCUACCUCCACCGACGCGUAGGUCUCUAUUUCACAAACCGACUCCACGGAUCCCAGAACAGAAAAAGCUUACUCUCCCUCCACGUCCGGAAAAGCCUACAUUCACAUCAAAAAAGUUGUCAACACUCCCUGAUCUACGCAUUGCAUUAGAUGAAUGGUACGGAGCUUUUGAGACAGAACCUCCGUACGAAGAAGAUGUAGCUGCGCUCGCAAAGUAUUUGAAACGUGUGGUGCUGGAGGAGAAGGACAUAGCUAAAGCAGUUGCUGUAGUUGGCUGGUUAGCAUGGCUGAUAGACAAUCCCACCACUGAAGCACCCAAAACUGACCAUGGUGGAAGCUCAGAAAAAUUAGAUGUAUGCAACACAAUUGUUCAUACAGAGACAAGAGAGGUAUGGAUUAAGGCGCUUCAGAGCCUUCGUGAUAAUAUUAGCGAUGCUGUUCAAGAACGGGGUUUGCCUCCUGUUGAAUUUACUUGA